UCUUCAAUCUUUUGAUUAAGAAAUGCAAAAGAUUCUUCUUCACUGAAAAACUCUCUUACAAAUACAAAAAAAACUGGUAAUGCUUCAAAACGAUGUCGUUUCAGCCUUUCCUCAACAACAAAAUCCCAAACCCUAAUUUCCCUUCUCCGCCAUUGAAGACCUGGCUCAACUCCAAAACCUCUGAUUCCUUCAACAACAUGGUCCUUGCCAUGCACCUUAACUCCAUGACUGACCCCAAUUCCAAAACCCUAAUCCCCAAUUUCGACUUCACACUUCUUCUCUCCGACGAAAUUCUCCUCAAAAUCAUCUCCAAGCUUCCGAAUUCGCAAUUCAAAUCGAACUCACUCGUUUCGAAACGGUGGUUGAAUCUCCAAGGAAGGUUGAUUCGGUCGUUGAAAAUCUUCGAUUUGAACUUCGUUUUAUCAGGUAGGUUAGUUUAUAGAUUCCCUAAUCUUACGCAUGUUGACUUGGUUCCUUCGACUUUCGUUGUUUAUCCUCAAAAAGGUUCCGUUUUGGUGAGUCACUGUGUUGUUUCAAUGCGGGUUGACACUGGGUGGUGUUUCGGGUUUUCCGAGGAAGGGAAAAGUUUGCUUCCGGUUGAAGCAAUUGAUAAGGGGCUCAAGGAAGUUGCGAAAGGGUGUCCGAAUUUACGGAAGUUGGAGGUGACAGGUGGGAGUGAAGAGGGUUUGGUUAGUAUAGGGGAAGAGUGUGUUACAUUGAUGGAACUUGAGCUGCAUAGAUGUAACGAUAAUGUUUUGCGCGGGGUUGCGGCGUGUAGGAAUUUGCAAGUUGUGAAGUUGAUUGGGAGUGUUGAUGGGUUUUAUGAGUCGGUGGUUUCGGAUAUUGGGUUGACUAUUUUGGCGCAAGGGUGUAAGAGGUUGGUGAAAUUGGAGCUUGUUGGUUGUGAAGGUAGUUUCGAUGGGAUUAAAGCGAUUGGGUCGUGUUGUUUGAUGUUGGAGGAAUUGGUUUUCGUUGAUCAUAGGAUGGAUGAUGGGUGGUUAGCGGGUGUUUCGUUUUGUGAGAAUUUGAAGACUUUGAGAUUUGUGUCGUGUAAGGGGAUUGAUGGGAAUCCUGGAUUGGAGGAACAUUUAGGGUUUUGUGUUGCACUUGAAAGUUUGCAUUUUCAGAAAUGUCAGUUGAGGGAUAAGAAUGCAAUGGGAGCUGUUUUCUCGGUUUGUAGGGCGGCUAAAGAGGUUGUUCUUCAGGAUUGUUGGGGGUUGGAUGACGGUGUUUUCCGUUUGGCUGUUGUUUGCAGGUGGGUAAAACUGUUUGACAUAGAAGGAUGCUCAUUACUUACAACAGAAGGUUUAGAAUCCGUCAUUGAAUCAUGGAAUGAUCUCGAGUGCCUUAGAGUCGUCUCGUGUAAAAACAUAAAAGAUAGCGAAAUUUCUCCUGCACUCGCAACGUUAUUUACGACUCUCAAAGAGUUGAAAUGGAGGCCAGAUACAAAGCAUCUUCUGCCAUCAAAGGAGGUAAACAUGGGGAAAAAAGGCGGUAAAUUUUUCAGAUGAACGCGAUCCUUGAACUAGCUAUAUACUGUCAGAAUCUAAACACAGAAACUCAAUAACACAGUGACAACAAACUUGUAACAUUAUGUAAUCAUGUAGUUAGUUUAUAUGGUUAAUUAGAUACAUUGACCAUUGAUGAAGCUUAGAUUUGUUAACUGCAGGAUUAUAUGUUAUAUAUGCUUCAUGUAGAGAUGUAGUCCAACAUGAUUAGUUGUUAUACACUUCAUCUUAGAGUUGUAAUUAUUUUUAUUUAGCUUAAUCCAAUACACUCCUCCAUGUUGAAAA